GUGAGUCACCAAGGAAAUGUCGUCGUUUGCUUUGGUUUUUGUCGACAUCAAACGACUCGCUUCUACUCGGAGAGUUUCAGUGUUGUAAAGGUUCAGAUCGGUCUGUGAGUGACUUUGUGGAAGUUUUCAACAGUCUCUCGGUGCAUAUAUGGAAGUCAGGAGUCGGUGAAACAUCAUUUUACUGAAGAUUGUUGAAAAGAACCGAAGUGUUAUUUCCUCUCUGCGGCCUAAACACCACAUGAAGUUUCGUUUUAAAAAUAAUAAGUGGUAAUUUUAUUUUUAUUUAUUUUUUCUACUGACCUAACUGCUGUUACAGGUAAUCUCUGGAUAUUAUUUGUGUGGAAAUCUUUACGGGACUUUAAAAAAAAUGAUUUCACACCUUAAAGGACAAUUUGGAGCAUUUGCGCUCCUACUCUUCAUGUUGUUUCUCGACUCCACUGGUGGCCAGCAGUUUGGUGAGCAAUGUCUGGCCAAAUUCAAGAACGGUCGGGAGGAUUUUGUCCUAGACGCCGAUGAGUCGGUGAAAGACGGAGCGACCUUCAUUUCUUCGCCGAAGCUUGAUCGAUACAAGGACUGCGUGACGGCCUGCUGCAAAGAGCCGAGGUGCAAUGUCGCCCUUAUGGAGAGAGGAGAUGAGGAAGGCUUGGUCAGCUCCUGCUUUCUCUUUGAUUGUCUGUACAAACAGAAAUACGCCUGCCGCUUUGUUAGGAAGAAAGGAUACAUCAAUUAUAUCCUGGACUCCGUCUAUGACAGUUAUCUCGCAGUGGAUCUUCCCCCAAAUGAAUCAGAUCAUCCACCGGUGGCCAAUGGAGGCCUGGACCGGGUGGUCCAACCUCAGGACAGUGUGACACUAAAUGGCAUCGAGAGCAAAGAUGAUAAAGGGAUUGCGGCCUGGCAAUGGCGUAUGCUCACUGGAUAUCCUUAUGCAGUGGUUGAGAAAACCAACUUUCCUGACCAGAUUAUCGUGUCCAAUCUGUCGUCUGGGUUGUACAAGUUCCAGCUGACCGUCACAGACACCAUCGGGCAAUCAGACUCAACCCAGGUCACCGUCCUGGUCCUUACUCCCGAGCAGUCUGAACACCACUGUAUGGCUCCAAAGAAGGUUGGGCCAUGCCGCGGUUCUUUCCCUCGAUGGCAUUACAACGCCGCCUCAGAGAAGUGUGAGGAGUUCAUGUUUGGAGGCUGUAGGGAGAAUCUCAACAACUAUUUGUCCAAGGAUGAGUGCAUGAAAGCCUGCUAUGGCUCAGAAAAAAGUGGUAUUACUGGGAGAACUGGACUUGUUCCCACAGAUCAAGGAGAGAAGUGUGGUGCCCCCUGUACCACAGAGCAAUUCACCUGUGCUAACGGUUGCUGUUUGGAUCCAGGCCUGGAGUGUGACUCGUCUCCACAAUGCAGCGAUGGUUCAGAUGAGCAGAACUGCGAGGACUUAAACAACAAGUUUCGAAUUCUACUGCAAAUUCCAUUGGAUGAACAAAAAGUGCGCUGCACAGAGCCUCCCAACACAGGAAGUUGCAGGGACAGUUUCACCAAGUGGUACUACAACCCCAUCCAACAGGACUGCUUCCGCUUCAACUAUGGCGGCUGCCAGGGAAAUGAGAACAGAUUUGACUCUAAGGAAUCCUGUAUGAGACUUUGCCGUGGGGUAACAGAGUCGGAUGUAUUUGCAAGGAAGGGGGAAUUUGACCGCAGUGUGUCUGAAAGCCAGACAGGUAUUAUAGCAAUAGCUGCCCUCCUGGGCCUAGCUGUCUUCAUCCUACUGUGCGUCCUGGUGGUCUGCUUCAUGAAGGGAAAGAAGAAGUCUUCACAGCACCAACGCGUGCCUGUCAACACCGCCCCAGUCACCUCGAUAGAGGACAGAGAGCGUCUGGUCUACAACAGCACCACCAAGCCCAUUUGACCCCCCCUUCCCCACACACACACACACUCUUCCGAGUUUUCACCUUUGACCCCCAUCCUGGUGGUGAAUGAUGCCAGUUUCCAGAGCUUUUUAUUUUGUCCAUACAUGGAUGGGUGUUUUGUAAGGGUGAUGUGCGCAGAGGGCAGAGUGUCUUCAGUGAUGAAAUGUGAUGUCUGAUGAUUUUACUUUUAGCUUGUAUUUAAUGCCGUGAGCUGUUAAAAUGAGUUGUUGUUUAACAGUUUGUACUCAGGUUAAAAAAGGGACGAAUCUUCUCAGUGUGGAGGUAGAUUACCACUGGAAAUCAUUGGAUCAGGUUAAAUUCAUAAAUAUGUUCUAGUUUUGUUGUACUUGUUUCCAUUAUGUGAUCCGGUAGUUGCCAGUGACCAGUUAUUUUUAAAAUAAGUCAGCUGUAACAUCACUAGGUCCGUGCUGGUCUGUUACUUCAAAGUAAGAGUCCAGGUUCUUUUGCUUUUUCUUAAAAGUGAACUUUUUUGUUGAUAGAUGCUGUCACAUGGUGAUUCCUUCAAUGUUCUGAUGUCUAGCUUAUUAACUCUCAGAUUUAUUUUUAUCCUGUUUUAUACAUUGUUGUUACAUUCUACAUUGGACUAUACAUACAUGCACAAUGUUGUACAUAAUCUUAGAAUUUUGAAAAAGUACUAUUUUACUUGAAGAGUAUUUUUGUCUGAUUUCCCAAGUGUUUUUAGAAAAAGCAUAAUGCAUACAUUAAAAUGCUUAUUGAUACCUUAUAAAGCUGCCUUGCUGUUGAAUACUGAACACAUCAGAUGUUUGUACAUAUGUCCUGAUGUAAUUCUCUACAAGUUCAGAAGUAUGGUGUUUAUACUAAAUAAAAAAUAUUAGCUCAAAAUGCA